ACAAAAAGCUGAUGAUUAAUGUGGUAAGGUCACUCUGUUGGAAAACUUCAGUCUGCCAAGAGGAGAAUAACUGGACUUUCCUACCUGUUGACCAUGCCGUCUUUACUGAUGCUAUGACUGUUCAAGGAGUAGCAUUUUAAAGUCUGUACUGUGUGUAAGGACUAAUUAUGAAAGAGCUGUUGACCUCUGAUGACUUGUCUGAGUUGGACUCAGUACAGGUUACAGAACCCCAGGAAACCCAGACGUACCACAAAUGUAAUGAACCCCCAGGUCAUUUAUUGUCAUCCCAGAAUGGAUCUUUUAUGGCUUUUUUCAAGAGAAAUGCUUUUGUUGUUUUCUCAGUGACUGCUGUUGCUUUGGGAACUGGCCUGGGUUUUGCUCUGCGACACAUUAAUAUGUCAGCCAGGGAUAUAACAUAUUUAACCUUUCCUGGAGAGCUCCUGAUGAGAAUGCUGCAGAUGACGGUGCUUCCUCUCAUCAUUUCCAGUCUGAUCACAGGCAUGUCAUCUGUGGACAGUAAAGUCUAUGGGAGAAUUGGACUGAGGGCCUUCAGCUAUUAUAUGGUCACCACACUUAUUGCUGUGUUCACUGGCAUUGCUUUAGCUGUCAUCAUCCAGCCAGGGAACUCAUCCAGGAACACCUCAGUGUCCUCUAGUGGUAAAGUGGAGGCUGUGCAGAGCGUGGAUGCAUUUCUAGAUCUGAUCAGAAACAUGGUCCCCUCAAAUCUUGUUGAGGCUUGUCUCAGGAAGUUUAAAACAGUUUAUUUCAGAAGUGCUCCCAUAGGAAAUCAUCUUGGUGUCAUCAACAUUACUGAGGCCAGUAAAAACAGGACCUCUAUAGAUGACAGAGUACCAAUGCCGGGCUCCUCAGAUGGGGUAAAUAUUUUGGGUCUGUUGGUCUUCUCUGUUGCCUUCGGCCUCAUUCUGGGCAGUAUGGAAACCCAGGGAAAGCCCCUCAGGGAUUUCUUUGACUGCCUGAAUAAAGCCAUCCUACAUCUAGUCAACAUAGUUGUUUGGUACUCCCCGGUGGGAAUCCUCUUCUUGCUGGCAGGACAGAUUUUGAAGAUGACAGACACUGCAGAGAUAGGUCGCGAACUCACCAUGUACACUCUCACUGUGAUCACCGGUCUGCUGAUCCACAGCUUGUUCACCCUGCCCCUCAUCUAUUUUGUUGUCACACAAAAGAAUCCCUUUAGAUUUAUGAGCAGUCUCCUCCCGGCUCUCACCACUGCCUUUGGGACUUCUUCAAGUUCUGCAACCCUACCAGUAACCCUCCGCUGUAUGGAAGAAAAUCACAGCAUGGACAAACAAGUGACGCGUUUCAUGCUGCCUACAGGCGCCACAAUGAACAUGGAUGGUGCAGCUCUCUAUGAGGCAGUAGCAGCUUUAUUCAUAGCCCAGAUUCAUAAUAUGGACUUUAACGUGGGACAAAUCAUCGUCCUCAGUUUGAUUGUCACAGCUGCCAGCACUGGUGCAGCAGGCAUCCCACAGGCUGGCAUGGUAUUCAUGGUGAUUGUGUUGUCAUCAGCUGGACUGCCAACUGAAGAUAUAUCACUGCUAAUGAUGGUUGACUGGAUUCUGGAUCGUUUGAGGACUGCCAUCAAUGUCCUGGGUGACUGUAUUGGUGUGGGUGUAGUUCAUCAUCUGUCCAGACAUGAGCUUCAGAGCUCCAGGCCUGCAGAGGAGAGCCCGAUGGAAGAAAGCUUCCAGCUCUGUGCUUCAUGAUUGACAAGUUUUGGAGGCCCAACUGAACCAUCAUUAUUUGAUGAGCCAGAGGGAUUAACUGCACACUUUAUGCAGAGUGCAAAUCUGUUUAUGGGAUGUUAGAUAUGAAAUGUUAUGCCAUAUGAAAUAUGAUUUUCCCUCCACAAUUGUUGGAAGCUGUUCAGAAGUUAGAGUAUUAAAUACACUACCCUCAAAAAUCUAA